CUCGAAGGACGUUACUUGUGGGGCGCUAAGACCCUGAAGAGCAGCAGGAAGAGGCUAACGAUAGCAUAGCACUAUGCUAGUGUUGUCACAAGGAUUCAUGAGCUAGCUUUUUAAUUUCAAUACCUUCAUUGAGACUAGUCAUGUCUCAGGUGGAGAAGAAGGCGGGGCUGCUCCGGAGGACGUCAUCCUCUAAGAAACCCUUGAAAGAAAAAGUGGUGCUGAUGUAUGAUGAGAUUUUUGCAAAAGAAGACCCGGCUAAAAACAACCCUCGCUUUUGGGAUGAGCUGUUUCUUAUGAAGGUUAACCUUGAGUAUCUAGAGUCCAAGUUGGAGAGUGUAGAUGGGGAAGAAGUUCAGCGGAUCCAGGACAACAUCAACUCUCUGUUCCACCACUGCAUUCAGGCUCUGGGAGAGGAACACCAGAUCAAAGUGGUCAAUGCCCUGCAGACGCUCUGUGCACUUUUCCGGGGGGUUCACCAGAAGAACAAGUCUGCUUCUGGCUUUGACAUCAUCAACAUGCUCAUGGGCUUUGACAAGGCUGAGCAAAGGAUGAAGGACUUAAUGGAGAGACUGGACAGCCUUCUGUGUGGAGGCGGCUCAGAGAGUCUGAAGAGUCUUUGUCUCAAACUGCUGCUGUGCCUGGUGACGGUGACCGACAACAUUAGUCAGAACACUAUACUAGAAUAUGUGAUGAUCAACAGCAUCUUUGAAGCCAUUCUACAGAUCCUGUCAGAUGUGUCCAGCAGAGGGCAGCAUGGGUAUGAUGCUGUGGUGCUCCUGGCUCUGCUGGUUAACUACAGGAAAUAUGAGUCAGUGAAUCCGUACAUUGUGAAGCUCUCCAUUGUGGACGACGAGCCAACUUUAGAUGGAAUGGGGAUGGUCGUCCACCAAGCUCUGACAGAGUAUAACAGGCAGUAUAAAGACAAAGAGGAGGAGAACCAGGGAGGCUUCUUCUCCACCUUCACUAGCAUGGUGGGAAGCAUGUUCAUAGCCGACGCUGAUGAGAAACUCUCUGUACAGACCAAUGAGGCGAUUCUGCUGGCGCUUUAUGAGGCCGUGCACCUAAACCGCAACUUCAUCACUGUAUUAGCGCAGAGCCACCCUGAGAUGGACAUCCCCACCACACCCACCACCCCGACUCCAACCACACCUACAACACCACUUGGCACAACGCCGCCCUCCUUAGACAUGAUGAACAAUCCAGAACUGCCUCUAGAUCCCAACCUGCAGACCAGCAACCUUCUCAUCACCUUCCUCAAGUACGCCUCCAUCGUGAUGCAGGAUACUAAAGAUGAGCAUCGACUCAACAGUGCCCGACUGUGCCUCAUCAUCCUUACCUGCAUCGCUGAGGACCAGUACGCUGACGCCUUUCUUCAUGACGACAAUAUGAACUUCAGAGUCAAUCUCCACAGAAUGCCCAUGAGGCACAGGAAAAAAGCAGUGGACAAGAACAUCCCUUCACGUCCGCUGGUGUGUGCUGUUUUAGAUCUGAUGGUGGAGUUCAUAGUCACUCACAUGAUGAAGGAUUUCCCCAUGGAUUUAUAUAUGCGCUGCGUUCAGAUCAUCCACAAGCUCUUGUGCUACCAGAAGAAGUGCAGAAUCCGGUUACACUACACCUGGAGAGAGCUCUGGUCAGCUCUCAUCAACCUGCUGAAGUUCCUGCUGUCGAAUGAGACGACACUGCUGGCCAAGCACAACAUCUUCCACCUGGCUUUACUGGUAGUGAACCUGUUCAACAUGUUUAUAACAUACGGGGACACGUUCCUGCCCACCUCCAACAGCUACGACGAGCUGUACUACGAGAUCGUACGAAUGCACCAGGUCUUUGACAACCUCUACUGCAUGGUUCUGAGAGUGUCGACCAACACGGGCCAGUGGAAGGAGGCAGCCAGCAAAGUCACGCAUGCCCUUGUCAAUGUUCGGGCCAUCGUCAACCAUUUUGAUCCCAAGAUUGAGUCGUACGCUGCUGUGAACCACAUCUCUCAGCUGUCUGAAGAACAGGUGUUGGAGGUGGUUCGGUCCAACUACGACACACUGACGCUCAAACUGCAGGAUGGUUUGGACCAGUUUGAGAGAUACUCGGAGCAGCCCAAAGAGGCUGCUUUCUUCAAGGAGCUGGUGCGCUCCAUCAGUCUGAAUGUGAGGAAGAACGUCUCCCUGAACACACUGAGUCAGGGCGUCCUGCUCAAAGAGUUCUCCACCAUCUCCUGAGACGCAAACAGACACACACGCACUCGUCCACCCUCCUCCUGCUCCCUUCAGAUGGACAUACACCGUGCAUCUGUGCGCGCGUGAACACAAGCUCAUUCUUUAACGCGCACGCACACACACGCGCACCAACAAGGACGGUCCUCGUCUUGUCCCCCUGUGAACGGAACGUGGGAAACUGAGACGGACGCACUGAUGUGGUGGUGUUUGUUGAUGUGUGUGUGUUUGAUUAUUGAAGUGCCCGCACCGUGCUGGUUCCUGUUGUGCAGUAUUGACUGGACUGUUAGUCGAUGCGUCAACUUUUGGAUUGAAUGGAGUAUUUUUUAUUCCAGAUGUUCAUCCAACAUUUCAGCCACUGAUGUUUUAAGUAGCUUCUGCUCCCUUGAUUCAUGAUUCCUCUCCAGUAAUUAUUUCAGAAGACUUAAGCUUCAAGCGAAAUGUUGUGUUCUUUUUUUCCUAACAGCAUCUGUAACGGUGACCUUUUAGCCUUUUUGAGUUAAAACCUUGUGUAAAUCCUCUUUAAUUUGAGCACUAACUCUUUAUUUUCGGCUGAAUGUCGUACGAAUGUUGACUUAAAUCUGGACAUGUUCAAAAGAUUUAGGUAUUAUUUACAUAGUUAAGUUGUGAUAGAAACCUUCUGGUAGCUGGAAAACGUUUUUUUGCUUUUGAACAAAGCCGGGACAAACAUUCACUACUGCACGACGCACAAGUCUGUGUGUUCUCAGUCUAGCAAUGCUCAUUCUGAACAAUUCUGACCCUUAUUUUUGAGUUUAACCAGAUCUAAUUAUCCAAUUUUGUGUGAAGGGUCUUAUUUCUGUCAUCUCUUACUCCUGUAGGUAUAUUUAUGUUUAUUUUUUAAAUAAAGGUUGGAUUCCUAUCACUCAA